GUCUCAUUGACGUUGGAAAUCAAAAUGGAUUUGGCUGUAUUUGAGACCUUGUCCAAGAUCUUUGAUGCCGACGCUAACAUUCGCGGUAAUGCUGAAAAGCAACUGCAAACUCUUCAGAGCUCUCCUGAAUUCCCGGUGAGUCUUGCACGACUCUCUCUAUCUCAGGAGCUUGCAAUUCCACAACGUCAGCUUGCAGCCGUCACUCUCAAGCAAUAUAUCGAAUCUCACUGGUCUUCAAAGAACGAAAAGUUUGUGGGUCCUGAGCCGCCGGAAGAGAUCAAACAAACCGUUCGCGAUCUUCUGCUUAGAGGUUUGACCGAUCCCGACACCAAGAUUCGCGUCGCCAGCGCCUACGCUGUCUCUAAAGUCGCCCACAACGACUGGCCUGAGGAUUGGCCCAAUUUGUUCAACGUUCUUUUGGAUUUGAUCAAAUCAAGCAAUUCUAACGAUGUUCAUGGCGCUAUGCGAGUUCUGACCGAACUUAUUUCAAAUGAUAUUACCGUUGAGCAGUUCCCUCAAAUCGCCCCUGUUCUUUGCCCUCAGUUGCUUGCCAUUCUGACUAACGACGCCCAAUACUCUCUGCGCACACGUGGCCGUGCUGUGUCUAUCUUCAGGAACUGCUUGGAAAUGGUGUUUAUGAUCAAGGAGGAUCAUGCUAAUGCUGCUGAACAAUUCUUGACCCCUAUUAUGCCGCAAUGGAUUGAGGUUUUCCUUGCCAUCCUCAAGCACCAGACUCAAGGAGAUGAGGAAAGAAGACUUGAAGAGUAUGGCUUGAAGCUCGAGGUUGUCAAGUGUAUCAACAUGAUUAUCAUUGCUGUGCCAAAGUUCAUCAGUCCAUUGCUUCCGCAAUUGUUUGAGCCUGUCUGGAUGGAUCUCCUGGAUCUUAGAAGCCGUUAUAUUAAUGAAUUCGUUACUGAUGGCGGUGAGGCUAACGGCAGUUUCCAAGAUUCAGAUGGUGACAUCAUUGGUUUUGAAUCUCUGCUGUAUGCCCAAUUCGAGUUCAUUGUAGCUGCCUCUAGAAAGAAGUCCAUGAAGGCUAUCUUCCUUGGUCAGGACGGCAACGCAGAUUUCUUGAAGGAAAUGCUUUGGGUUACCAUGAGCUACAUGCAGAUGACUGAAGAACAAGUGGAGAUGUGGCUCACCGACGCCAACCAAUUUGUUGCUGACGAGGAAGAUGAUACCUAUACCUACAACGUUCGAGUCGCUGCCGUUGAUUUGCUCACUGCUCUUGAAUUGCGCUUCCCCAAAGAAUUCUUCCCUGCUCUUGGUCAUGCUGUCCAAAGACACUUGGGAGAUUCCAACGCCAGCCGCGCCGCUGGUAACUCUGACUGGUGGAAGAUUCAAGAGGCCUGCUUGAUGGCUGUCGGAAGAACAUCGGAAGAACUCAUUCAGGCACUUCAGGAUAAGGAUGCCCCUGUCAACUUUGAUCUCGCUGGAUUGUUUGAACACGUUGUUCUGGAGAACAUGAAACUUACCGAAUUUCCUUUUGCCCAAGGACGUGCUUUCGUAUUUGCUAGCGAGUAUGCUCAGGUCCUUCCUACCAACUUGGCAGAGCAAUAUGUCCGUGCAGCUGUAGAGGCACUCAAGACGACUGAUGGAACCAUUCCUGUCAAGAUUUCUGCUUUGAAGGCCCUCAACAAUUUCUGUAAACAUUUAGAUCCCCAGUUCAUCUCGGCUUACCAGACUCCCAUUAUGGAAGGCAGCUGCCAAUUGCUUCCCUACACUACAGAAGAAUCCCUUCUCCUUGUCCUUGAGACUUUGACAGCAGCCAUUAAGAUCAACAAGGAGGUCACUGCCAGUUACGAAUCUGUUCUUGUUCCUUCAUUGCUCGAAGUAUGGAAGAACCAUCCAUCUGAUUCUCUUCUGGCAAGCUAUGUUCUUGACUUGUUCGAUGACUUGGCCAAGAAUGAAAUCAUGUAUGUCAGCUUGUGUAGUAAGAUCUUACCUUACAUGCGUGAAGUUUUGAUCAGUGGUAUUCCAGAGAUGCCUAUGCUUGCAUCUGCAAUUGACAUGGUUGCAGGGCUCGCGCGAGGUGGUCCCUCUCCCUUGUUGCCCGAAUUUGUUGAUCAGUUCUUCCCACCUUUGAUGCACGUCCUUUGGACCGUCAAUGACAAUGAAGUCCUUCAAAGUGGACAACAGUGUUUGAAGACCUUUAUUGGCAAGGACUCUGCUCACCUUGUGCAGUGGCGUGAUCAAAGCGGCAAGAGCGGAUUGCAGUAUGUUGUCGAAUUCGUUGCAAAGCUAUUGACACCGGAUCAUUCGGAAUCCGAGGCACUGUUUGUUGGUGACCUUAUUGUUAAACUGAUUCAGAAGGCUGGAAACGAUAUUGGACCUGUCCUUCCUGAUCUUUUGAAUGUCAUUAUUAGCCGUUUGACUAUCUCCAAGACCCCAUCCUUCAUCCAGUCUUUGAUCCUUGUGUUUGCACAUUUGAUCAAUACACAAAUGGAAACGGUGGUUCAGUUCCUUGUCAGUGUCAAUAUCGAGGGUCGAAAUGGUCUUGACAUCCUCUUACCUGUUUGGUGCGAAAACCAUGACUCUUUCUCAGGAUUUUAUGCUCUCAAAGUCAGCUCCAUCGCCCUUUCCAAGCUGUUCUUGUUAAAUGAACCCAGACUUCAGAGUAUCAAUGUCAAGGGUGAUAUCAUUGUACCUGCCGGUGGCCGUAUCGUUACCCGAUCUCAAUCCAAACAAUCGCCAGAUCAAUACACCACCAUUCAAGUGCCUAUCAAAAUCGUCAAGCUGCUGGUGUCUGAGCUGAAUAAUUCACCAAACGCGGAAAAUCAGGGUGCAGAUGAGGAGUUUGCAGAAUCAGGCGAUGAGGAGGAUGGAGAAUGGGAAGAUGAAGAUGAAUCGCCUUUUGUUCCCGCUGAUGAAUUUGCCUUCUUGUCAGGAAAAUGAUCCCGAUCUCAAGAACGAUCCUAUCUUCCAAACUAAUCUGAAGGAUUAUCUCACAGACUUCUUCCGCAACUGUGCAUCCCACAAUGUGAACCACUUUAUGGAUAUUUGCCAGCACCACUUGAAUCAGGAAGAAAAGUCCAAGUUGGAACAAGGACUGAAUCAAUAGAACCACACCCUCAGCGUACACCACCCACUUCUUAUAAUCUAAUAGCCGUCAUAUCGAAUUGAAAUAAAUUGACUUGAAUAUUUUUUUAACCAAG